GCAUUAGCAUGUGAAGAUUCAAGUCCAAAAAGGGGUUAGAGAUCGAUCGAAGCAAAGCGAUCAAAGUGAGUACCUUAAUAUUUGUUCCGGAUGAACAUCAAUCGUUUUGUUUAACGUUUUGUUGGAAACCCUAGCUGCUAGUGGAAUUGGAGAGAUGGAUCGGAUUUCGCAACUUCCUGAAUCUAUUGUUCAUCACAUACUCUCAUUCUGUAAUACUCCUGCAGAGCUUAUUCGAAUGAGUGUAUUGUCCAAGUCCUGGUUUAACCUAUCCGCUUCUUUCCCCUGUUUAUAUUUCAAUAUCCGUUAUUUUAGAACUCGAGAAAGUUUUUUCAAGUAUGUUGAGUAUACCACCUCUAGAUUUUGCCAACAAAAUGUCACUGCAACUGCACACAGGCUCAAGCUUAGGGCAACUCUCCAGGAGCCUACAGAAUUGGAUAUUGUUAACAGAUGCCUCGAAAGAGUUCUUAACAAAGGCGUUAGGGAGUUGGAGAUUGAUAUUACCAACUCAUCAGAUGUCCCAAAGUACCGUUUGCCUGACAUACUCUUAUCUGUUUCUGGGUUAGAAUCUUUGACCAUACGUGGCUGUUACUUGCCUUCUUCCUUCAUGCUUGAUGCUGUCCACUUUAAGUCUUUGAUCCAGUUGAAACUUGAGAACGUCCCGAUGGAUGAUGAAGUCAUCAAGCAUCUCACCGCUAGUUGCCCUCUUCUACAGAAUUUUGAGAUUAGGUGGUGCCAUGGUUUCAAAAGAUUGUGUCAUCAAAAUCUUAGAAAAGUUUGGAUUUACUAUAACGUUCGAGUUGAGAGAAUAGAUAUCGAAGCCCCGAAUCUAUCUUAUCUUUUCAUAGAAGAUAGGGAUGGAAGAGGGGCACCACGUAUGAACGUGGCAUCAUGCAGAAAACUAACAACAGUGUCUUACUUUGGGAAUGAUUUUACCGGCUUCUUGUCCCAAUUCCCGUUCAUUGAAAAUUUGUAUCUGGCUACUAAAUUUAUUGGUAACAGCCUCAUGUUGGCAAGCCAUUCCUUGAGAACACUGGUGUUGCAUUCAAACUGUGAUUUGGAUAACAUUGAAUUAAGUACCCCCAAUUUGGACUUAUUUAUGUACUCUUGUAAUCCUCGUUUACUUCGGCGGCCUCUGGGGGAUAAACCCGGGCCUCCGGUGCGCGAUUUAGCCCAUUUGAAAUCAUGUAUGCAAUGCUAUCCCCACGAUUGUAUAGAUGCUCUUUGGUUCGUGAAAUUGAGGCUAUUUUUUGACAAGGAAAAUGGAUUCAAAGUUUUGAACUUGUAUAUUCGUGCCAUAUGUAGUGAGAAACUCUCUAAGUUGGAGAAGCUAAAGGCGAUUGAAUUGCCACCUUACGAACUCGAGCAUGUUGAGCUACAACUAGACACCCAUGAAGAAUCAUCAGCCCAUGUUGCUUUUGUGGAUGCUGUACUUUGGUGUUGCCGCCCUCGAUCUCUAACUUUAAGAUCAUCCGUUCCUUAUGAAGAACAAAGUGAUGUUGUCAAGUUUACAUUCAAGAAGCUGCUUGAACAAGAAGAUCAAGGCCAUACCAAAAUUCAGAUUGUGUCACCUUCCUCUGCCGAAGCCCAAAAGCACUUGAUGGACUUGAAGUCGUUGUCAAUGGCAUUACCUUGUGAAGGAAAAAAAUUAAGCUUCAUAAAGGAAGAAGUCACGACUCGAGAGAAGACAACAUGCAAUUUAACCCUUGCGAUCAGACUCGUUACACAACUUUCUGUAAUAUGCUGAUCUGCAAUCUGAAGACUUGGGAUCUAACUUGUCAACGUCGAAAUUUUCCAAAAUUUACACUACCGCCGGAGCGUCAAGCAGUAGCGGAGGCUACCCCUUCCCCUAAGGUAGGUCCGCCCCUGUCCUUUGGAACUGCUUGUUCCCAUGCAUCAAGGGCGACCCAAUAGUAUAUUGGGCUAAAGCUAGGGCUCGGGGCCAAACAAAAUACGGUCCAUUUUCAAUUUUUUGUACUUGCACAAAAAGCUGCUUGGCCAACUUUCAAGUACGUUUGUUGGCUGCUUCUAAUCACAAAUCGUGAAUAGGGAAAUGGAAUUCGUGUAUUUGGAAGUUCAAUCGUCGACUUCGGAAGUGCAAUGUGCAAUCGUCCAAUGACCACAUUUUUCACUAUUUCUGGAUCAGCCACACAUGGAACGUGAAGUCGUGAACUGAACAACUUGUUGCUUGGUUAUAAAAACAGUGGUAAUACUUUAACGUGAAAUAUCGUUCUUCAACUGUAAAAUUUUGACCCAUUAGUUGAUUUGUUGCAAGAAACUUCAGAAGGUUGAAAGCAUCCAUGAAAUCAUGUUAUCAUAGUCUAUAAGUUCAGUUGUUUAUGUAUUGUUAUUGAUUUCACUUUCAGUAAGUUAU